AUGGAGGCAUGGAUUAGAGGCACCAACAUGGAACUGAAGCAGCAAGUGAUCAAAAAGCUUUCAGCAAUCGGUGGGCAAGACCACAAAAAAGUCACGUGGAAUAUCCUGGCCUGCAUUUUCAACGACAGCUGUGCCCAGAAAAUCAGCUGGAAAGGGGUUCAUGGCAAAAUACCAUUCAAAAGUAUGGCCUUGAAGACUCUCAUUUUGGUAUUGCACAUAAUGAAGAUGGAACAUGAUUCAUCUUCUUGUGUCCUCGCUGAGAUGAGGGCAUCAGGACAGCAGACGGGGACGCUGAGCCAAGGACAUUUGGAAUGGCUGUGCUGUACAACUUUUGACUCUGAUGCUGUGAAAAGGGGAAAACCUUUACUGGAACAUGACAGACCAAACUAG